AUGAGCAGUGUAAUGAAGGGCGUUAUUGUUCUGAGAUUAUUUGCAUUCCUGGUGAUAUCCUUGGCUGCUUGGUAUUUGGGAUACUUUGCUGCUGUUAAUGUACCCCAAAAUGCAAUAUCCAUUGAAGCACUUCAAGAGAUUGGAAAGAAACCAGUAUUGAGGGCCCCAGCCCCCAAAAGGCAGAAGUGUGACCACUGGUCUCCCUGCUCACCAGGGAGCUUCGCCUAUCGCAUCCUCAGUGGUGGUGGCAAAGAGAGGAAAGCUAAAAUUUGUUUUGAGGAUGAGCAGCUUAUAACUGAAUGGAAUGAUGACACUGAAAGUGGUAUAAACGUUGCCAUUGUGAAUUAUAAAACAGGAAAACUCAAGUCAACAAAUUUUUUUGAAAUGUGGGGAAAAGACCAGUCAAAUGAGAUGAUGAAUUUCAUCAGGAAUGCACCAGAAGGGUCCCUCAUUCUGAUGGCCACCCACGAUGAUGGGAGCACCAGGUUGAAAGACGACGCCAAAAAUUUAAUAGAAGAACUGGGAAGUAAAGAAAUCAAGAAUAUAAAGUUCAGAUCAAGCUGGGUUUUUAUAGCUGCCAAAGGCUUCAAGCUGCCAGAUAAUAUCCAAAAAGAAAAGAUAAACCACUCUGACCAGACAAAGAACAGAUACAAAGGCUGGCCAGCUGAAAUUCAAAUAGAAGGCUGUAUCCCAAGAAACCUGAUCUGAACAAAUGCAUACCUCAUUAAUAAAGAAAAUUUUAUAUUUUUAUAUCUAUGAGUCUAUUAAAUUGCCUCCAGAACUCAAUAAGCAUCUGAACAUCAAUUGUAAAACAGGUCAAAUACACCAUUUUUAACCUA